AGUCUCGGGCUCAAAUACCUCAGACCUUCGCCAUGGAUCCGGAACAAGGGGAGGCCUUGGAACUGCUGGGAAGACGCCUAGAGGAAGCAAAUCACUCGGCGGUCUUCACUUCGGUACUUAUGGACAAUGCUAAAUUCAUUAUGAUGGUAUUGGUGGUCUUGACCCACUCUAUGGCUGCAACGUAUCCAUCACUUGCAUUGCUGAGAGCGAUACAUCCCUUUCAAACAAGGACAUUUGCGUUUAUCUCCGGUGCUGUGAAUCGGAAGCACACGCGAGAGGCACUCUUUCAAGCUUCUCGGGACACUGUCGUUCAAAUCCUGUGGUUUAGCACCUUCUUGGAACCUGUUUGCUACAAGUUCAUGUCUGGGACUUCGCCAUUUCGUCCACCAAAUCUUAAGGAGGUCUUCUCUCUGCUGUUCUUCUCUGGGGCUCACAUCCAUUGGUACUUGUAUGGUCUCUUGUGGUGGAGACUUGCAAGCCACAUGCUGCUUCACCUGCGACCAAUCGAACGCCUGAGCAUCUCCCUGAUGAUUUCGGCUGCGGCUACCUGGACGUACGUGGACUUCUUGAGUACCUCUGAAGCCUUGGCAUGUUUGCCUCUCUACACCGCAGGUCAGAUCUGUGGUGACGCACAGUUCCUUGAGAGGUACAAGGGAUGGGAGACUUCCACUCGGGAUUGGCUGGGGCGAUUGGCCGGGCUUCUGCUCUUCUUUGGCCUUGACUUCAUGUGGCGCCAACUUGGAUGGACGCAACACUACCCCUUCUCCAUGGGCUGCAUCCCUUGGGCUGUGCAAGAGGGCUCCUACAGCUACGUCCAUGUCGGCAUGCUGCUCUGGCUUCUACGUGGAGUUGCAGGCUCGCUCUUGAUGCUGAGCAAGGUACUCAUCUUUCUUCUUCUGUGCUGUCCACGGCAAUCCGGCAUGAUGACGCGCCUAGGGCGGAACACCCUCUUUCCGUACCUGCUCCAUCAUCCCCUGCUGCCGCUCAAGAAUGCCUGCCUCGUGCUUUUGGGCCGGAGCUUUGGCUCUUCCCACCUCCGGGAGGCGGCGGAUGUGGUGCUGAGCGUUGCGCUGGUGGCUGUGCUUGCGAGCCCGCAAGUUCAAGUUGUAUUCACACCUUGCUUCCAGCCGUGGCGAGCAAGCCGCGCCUGAGCUCGCGUUGAACCAGAGGUUUGUAGCUGAAGUCACAGUGCCUUUCCUAUUGCUAUGCGUUGUCAAUCCCACCUCA